AUGCCUCUUGACUUGCAGUAGUUUUCUUUCUUUUUGAUCUAUAUUUAAUCGUAAUUCAUCUAUAUACCAAGGGAAAUUCCUUGUAUGUGAAAACCUACUUAGCAAUAAAACUAAUUCUGAUUCCGAGUCAAUGUUUUUGGAUUUUUGUGGAGUAGUUGAUUCGGUUUAAUAGCUAAUAAAUAAGUGAGUGAUAAGUAAUUGAUCUGGAUUAGUGUUAACUGUGUAAAAGAGGGCAAUUACAAGUGUGUGUCACUUUAAGAGUCAGUGUUCUUGAUUUAAGCGGGGUAGCUGAUUUUGGUUUAGUAUGAUCUGUGUAAGUGACAUUACAGUGUGUGUGUGUGUGUGUGUGUGUGUGUGAUCACAAUACCUCUUGAUGUCAUCCGAGUUGCUGAUUUGGUUGACUGACAUAUAAGAAAUUGAGAUUCCAUACAGUGUGAGUCACUUUAAAACUCAAAAGUUACUGAUUACAUCUGAGUGGCUGAUUUGGUUUUUUAAUAACUAUUCCAAUAAAUAAUUCCGAAUGUGUGAGUGUGUGUGUGUUACUUUAAGACUCCGUGCUCUUUAUUUUGGAUGAGUAGCUGAUUUGGUUUGGUAUUAACUGUGUAAAUAAGUGAGAUUACAGUGUGUGUCACUUUAAGAGUCAGUCUUCGGGUGGCUUCUUGAUAUUAAUAGAGCUGCUGUGUCUUCCUCCUCUGACGUAAUGCCCACAGCCUACAGAGAGACAAGCAGAGAGGUCCUGUCACAGCAAAGCGAUAACACUAGUCUGAACCAAAAAAAAGAGAGAAAUUACAGAUAACGAGCUGCUCCUGGCUUUGGUUUGCUGUGGCCAGCAAAUCCGGGGCUCUGGGCGGCUUAAUAACACAACUAUAACAUCGGAAUAUUAGAACUCCAGAGCCAACCUAACUCACUAAUCAGUCGGUAUCAGUGUUUGCCGUGAAGCCUUAACUAUCUCUCUUUCCCUCUCAGACCAAAGAAAAAAAGAGACAGCCAAGACACAGUCACCCCGUCCGACAUCAUCAACAAACAAAAAAAAAAAAACCCACAAAGAGACGAACCAGCCAGCCAACCAGCCAGCCAGCCAGCCAGCCACCAUCUUAACAGGCUGCUUGAAAGAGACACACACUGAGAGAGAGAGAGAAAAAGAGGCUAAUGCUUAUUUUUGAUCAACAGGUUGUUAAAGUGAUGGUGGACUGUGACAACCGUGACUGAGGACCUAAACCAGAACCAAAAAAAAAAAAAAAAAAAAAAGACUGGACAGAAACAAGGGCAGCCUGCAUAACACUUCUUACGCGGAUCUACAACACACUUGAUCAAACUCAAAGCCGUAUUGCCCAGCUGUUAAGCAUAAGGAGAGCAACAGCCCUGGACCAAAGGUAGCUGAUGCUACGAGGAGUUUAAGAGCUUCUUAAACAAAAGGUUUUGCUCUGAUGUUCACGGACCUGCAUGGAGUUACGUGGACCUGAUAAAGAAAUGGUGGGAUACUAGUUUGUGCCUGACACCUGGUUUCUGCUUCCCAUUAUUGUGUGGAGUACAGAGGGCCAGUAGCCGAACCGUUGGCUACUGCUGGACGGACCGUUGCAGCACUGGGUCGACUCGAGCCGCUUCAACAGAGCUGAUGCCAAGGCCAGGAGUCAGCCAUGAUGUUUUUGUAACCUGAUGAACAGCAGAGAGAUGGUGAGGAAGAAGAAUCCCCCUAUCCGGAGUGUGGGAGGUGAGGAGGAGGAGGAAGAGGAGGGGAGGAGGCCAGCAGGAGAGGAGGAGGAGGAGGGAGAGGAGGAGGGGAGAUUAGGAGCAGAGGCCGAACGAAUAAACCGACCCUCUGAGCCAGAAUCCUCCGACCGGAUCAGAGGAGAUGAGGAGCAGGAAGAGGAGGAGGCAGAAAGCGAGUGUGUAUCCUCAUCUGUCUCUCCCUCAUCCGUUGGCGACCGCUACAGCAACGAGGAGCGAGGGGGGAGGAGAGGAGGUGGAGGAGGAGGAGGAGGGAGGGCCAAAAAAGGAGGAGCGGCUUUGACUGACAGACCUGAGAGCCAGUCGGAGCCUGAGGAUGGGGAGAAGGGGGUAGAGGAAGGAGAGAGGAGCGAAAGAGAGAGAGGGGAGGCAGAUCAUCUCACCACUCCUCUUCUCUCUGCUCCGCACCUCCUCCCCAGACAGGCAGGAGGGGAGGAGUCGCCAACUGCCACCCCUCCGCUCUCCUCCAGCCCCUCUCCUAAACUGCAGGACUUCAAGUGCAACGUGUGCGGUUACGGUUACUAUGGCAAUGACCCCGCUGACCUGGUGAAGCACUAUAGGAAGUAUCACCUGGGCCUGCACAACCGCACACGGCAGGAUGCUGCCCUCGACACACACAUCCUGGCCCUCCACAACAUGGCUCCCCAACACACACCUCUAGAUCAUGAAAUAAGCAUCACUGAUCAAGCCUUGGACCACACACUGACGUUUUACCAGGAUAUACAGGCAGGACAAGGACAGAGGAACCAAGCCAAAGAGUUGGGGAAGACGAGACCAGAUGUACACAAUCAACAGCACAGGACAGUUAUGAUGAAUGGCACAUAUGAUGUACAGGUGACGCUGGGUGGCACGCUAAUUGGGAUUGGCCGCAAGACCUCUGAUUGCCAAGGGAAUACUAAGUACUUUCGCUGCAAAUUCUGCAACUUCACGUACAUGGGCAGUAAUUCCUUAGAACUUGAACAACACUUCCUGUCCUCGCAUCCAAAUAAAGUGAAAACUCCGCCAACCACGCCGCUGCUGGCCACCAAUAACCUGGCAACGCAUGAAAACCAGAUAAAGGAAAGGAGUCAAAUCUUAGAUGUGGCGGAUCGAGUCGCGGUGAGGGCGGAAGAUGAUUCCUUGGUCGGGUACUCAAUCCCAGUCAGGGCGUGUUCAGAUACGUCGAGCUGGACAGGGGAGCCGGGUCGAGGUGCCGUGCAGGCGUAUUAUUGGUGUAAAUUCUGUAGCUGGAGUUGUGAGUGGUCAGGGGGCUCAGCUAAGCUUUUAGAGCACUAUGAACAAAGACAUAGAAUGAGCACUGGAGGUUCUAUGAGCCCCAACAACUCUAAUCCUGGGGUGAUGGACAGAGAGAGGGAGAGAGGAGGCAGAAGAGAAGGAGGAGAAAGAGACCACAUGGCAUCCAAAAGCCGCAAAGAUGUAUCAUCCAACCCGUCCAGCACCAGCCAAGGAGACCCAAACAGCAGUGAUUCAGAAGCAGUUGUGACCAGUUAUAACUGUCAGUUGUGUGAUUUCCGGUACUCAAUGGCCCACAGCGCAGAUGUGAUCGUAGUAGCACCAUUACUGCUGCACUACCAGCACAACCACUCCAUCCAUCGAUGCUGCAUUCAGCACUGCAUGUAUUGUCCACAGGGGCUCUGUCAGCCACACAAACACCUGGGGGAGGUGUCUCACCCCUUUGCUUGUCGGAAGCCCACCUGCCCUAAAUGCUGUUCCAAGUUUCCUCCGUCCACCAAACAGCAGGACACCGUCGGUUCGAAACCUACUAUCGCCACCUCACCCAGCAUGACCCCUCCUAAUCCUAGAGGUGACCCCGGUGUGAAUUUUUACCCCUCGAACCCUGCCCAUCCUGUCGUCACACAAGGCGUCACCCACUUGUGUGACCAAUGUGCGUUUGCCACCACCGACAUCGAUGUGUUACUCCAACACUACGAAAGCUGCCACACACUGAUUAACCUAAAGGGGGCACCACCACAUGUCAAGGCUGAGGAAGAAAUUGGAGGAGACAAGGAAGGGGGGAGAGGAGGAGGAGGAGGAGAGAGGGAGUACUCUUGUACAAAAUGUCACUUCAUCACGGAAGUGGAAGAAGAGAUUUUUAGACACUACAGGCGUGUCCACGCGUGUUGCCGUUGUCGACGCUGUGACUUCACGGCUCCUGAUUCGUCAGCACUCCUCGACCAUUUUAACUCGGCCCACUGUCAUGAAUCCUCUCCCUCAUUAAGCUCACUGACAACAACUUCCUUACCCACCUCACUGACGACCUCCCUGACGCCUUCGUUAACACUCUCAGCUAAUGGCUGCUCAGCUCCUUCUACCUUAGCCAUUAAAGAAGAAAGCAAGGGGGAUCUUCGCCUCCUCUACUCCCUUGCUCCGCCUGAGGGACGGUUAGCAGAGGGAGGCAGAGAAGAGGCAGGAGGGGUGGUAAAAAGUGAGGGAGCUGAGGAGAAAGAAAGAGAGCGGGAGAAAGGCUGGGUUCUUGGGGAGACAAGAGGACUGGGAGAAAGAGGAAGUGAGCAGGCCCACGGUUUACUUUGGGUGCCCAAGGAGCGAAUGGGACCCGAAAGAGGAGUAGAAAGAGGAACAGGAGGUGGAAGCCCCUCUCUUUUCUCCUCCCCCCUCUCAUUGUCGUUUGUUUCAGCAAAUCAUGAGGCCUCGCAGCAGAAAAGAGGCAUGGCUUCACCUAGCAUGGUUUACCUGGGAGACACCAAGUCAUUUUUGGGAGAUACCAAGUCGUUUUUGGGAGAUGCCAAGCUGUAUGGAGGAGGGAGACCAGGAGGAGCCAAUGCAGGUGGAGGUGGGGGAGAGAAACAGAUGCAGAUGCCCCCUCAGCAGUAUACAGGAGGAGGAGGAGGAGGGAGUGGAGGUGGAGGAGGACAGGAGGCAAAAGGAGGUGCUGCUAAAGAGGAGUCCCAGUCCCUGCUACGGCGGCGCAGAGGAAGUGGGGUUUUCUGUGCAAACUGUCUGACCACCAAGACAUCCUUGUGGAGGAAGAACGCUAAUGGAGGCUACGUCUGCAACGCAUGUGGUUUAUACCAAAAACUACAUUCGACACCCAGACCUCUAAACAUCAUAAAGCAGAACAACGGUGAGCAAAUUAUCCGACGUCGAACCCGAAAACGCCUCAACCCUGAUUCGCUGUCAUCUGAACCCCCUGCCCCCAAGCAACAACGCAUCACCAGCGAGGAGCGUAUGAAUGGGGAGGAGUCAGACAGAAGCUGUGCAUCAAUCAAAAACCAGCAGCCUUCCCCUCGCUCGCGCUCACCCAGAUCCACUCAAGCCUUCCUAGCCAAUCAAACAUUGGAGAUCCACCGACGCAUGCCUCCUCUGCUCCUCCCUUCACAUCCCCCUUCCUCGUUGGUAGCAGAGGGUAAUGGGGGCAUCUCUGAGGGAGGGAUAAUAUCAAAAGUAGAGGGAGGUAAGGGAGGAGGGGGAUCAGAGCGAGGCAGUCCGAUUGAAAAGUACAUGCGUCCAUCAAAACCAUCUAGUUAUUCGCCUCCUGGUUCACCCAUUGAAAAGUAUCAGUAUCCUCUUUUCUCCUUACCCCUACCAUUAACCCUCUCACCUGAUUUGACCCCUGAGUCGGAUUGGCUCAGAUUCUGGACCAAGUAUAAGAUGGCAGCUGCCUCUGGGGUUCCUGGUAGCAUCAGUAAUCUAAGCAGCCCUGGUAGCCUUGGAAAUAACGCUCAUUAUCUUGGUGCAAUGGUGACUCCAGUACAGCAUCAUCAGCAAAGCUACACGGUGCCUUACUGCGCCUCUCCCUACUCUCCUCUUCCCCCUCCUCCAGCUCCUCCUCACUAUCCUCCUCCUCCUCUUCAUUCCCAAACCUCAUCAUCAUCAUCAUUAGAAAACGAUGUUCCUUUGGAUCUUGCAAUAAGACAAAGAGAUACAAGUGUUGCAAAUGCACACAUGUCAACAAACGGUGCAGAGAGGAGACGGCAAGAGUCGCCACUAGCUGAGAGGCUGAGAGAGAGCUGGAAGGGAGAGAAAGAGGAGGAGGAGAGGACAGAUGAAGGAGGGAACCAGAGGGAGGAGGUUGGAAAGGAAGAAAAGGAUAAUUUAACAAAAAGUCGGUCAAGUGUCCCAUCGAAUCGCGCAAUGGUGGAAGUGGCCACACAGGAUGACCUGACCAACCGUUGCAUCCACUGUGGGAUCUACUUCCUAGACGAGGUCAUGUAUGCCCUGCACAUGAGUUGCCACGGUGACCAGGGACCAUACCAAUGCAGUUUUUGCCUACACGUGUGUGUGGACCGCUAUGAUUUCACCACACACAUACAGAGGGGCUUACACAGGUACACAGACAAAAAGUCACAAAACAGGAGUCACAUGCAAGACGACAUAAUUCAGAACGUCACAGAGCGCGAGUGUCAUAAUGCGACACCAGAGGAAAAAGAUGGUCACAGUGAGAUCACCGAUGAAAGCAAUGAUGUUAUAGGAGUUUGUCAUGACAACCAAGCAAAAGAAAUUACAGGCAAUGAUGCCACUGACAAUGAAACAGGAGUUGAAAAGGAGUUAAAAGGAGAAGGUCCUGACAUAACAGACCAGGAAACGGGAGACAAGAUGGUGUCCAAUAGUAGUGAUGAUAUCACAAAAGACACAGAGGUCACAGCUGUUGCUGAAUCUAAAAACUUAGAUGAGAACGCAGAGAGUAAUUAAUCCGAUGCCUUUGACUCACACCAACAAGAAUGCGUUUUAUUGGAUGAAUAAGCUGUAUGUCUCCACGUUCCUGGAGGCUAGCUCAUGUCAAAAUGGGCCUAUCCUGGGCACUAAAUGGAACACAUCCUUAUGCUGGAAGCACUCGGCUGUCAAAAUGGUCAAAAAUCAUUGUAGGAUUCCGCUGAACUGCUGCAGGGACAGUUUGGAGGAAUGGCCUGAAUCCUGUGUUGAGUGACGGUCACUUGACAGCUCUGUGGCAAGUAUUCAACAACAGAGUCCGGGCAUGCAGCUGAAAUCACCUUUAAUAAACAGCCACUUCAUGUGCUUUCCAAAUAAGAGGAUUGGAAACUCGAAUGAAAGUUGGACUGGUCUCAUUUAGGAUGAGUUUGAGGAGCUCAGAACUUGCACAGCCGCCAUACAGCAGAGCAAAAAAAAAAAAAAAAGCUAGAAGCAAAACACUUUAACUGAACUCAACUGAGCUGGUCUGUUAUGCACCAUGCUAAACUAAACCCAGAGCUGGUCCAGACUAGUCUGAUGCAUCAUUCAAACUAUUUUAUCUUGGUACAACCAGAUCUGAUCUGGUUAGAACUAUUUGUUCUGGUCCACAGCAUGUUUUUGACUUUCACCGCUGUGCAAAUGGAUCCAACACCAAACUUAUUUUGACUCUUUGAAACUGGUCAGAGUUAAACCAGUUUGUUCCAGUUAAGCCUGUGUUACCUUGGUACAAAAGGAUCAGUUGGUUUCUUUCACUUGUGCCCUGUUGUCUCUGAAACUGUCAAUGCAAAAUCUUCACCGCUGCAAAGUGCCCGAAAAUGGGAGACUGGUUGGGUUCGAUUUGACUGUGACUUUUUGAACUGCUUAAAACCAGUUUCAACUGGUUAAACCGGAGUAAUUCCGGACCGAAGUGUUCUCUUCAUCCAUUUGGAUCGAACCUGACUUUAUUUUCUACCUUCCUCCGUGCCAUGAUACUAGCUACGUGCCUGGCUGCCUGCCUAAUAGAACAACCAUCUAUUAACCUGCUUAACAUUUAUAUUAAUAAUAAUAAUGGUAAUAAUAAUUAUGAUGAUGUUAUAGUACAAAACAUGCAAUUUGCUACACUUUCCUAUAUAUAAUAUGUUAUUUUGUAAAGACAAAUAAUGCUUUUUUGCAGGAAAUGGUACUAUAAAAAUUAGUUUAUUUGAGUUUUUCCUUUUUUGAGCUGUUUGUUGUUUGUGUUCCUAUGGAGACUUGUUACAUUGAUAACAGCCGUCUAACAGAAAUGGUACAGCAAAAGAGGGGGUUGUGUGUAUGUGUGCAUUUGUGUAAUUGCGUUUAUAUGUGUAAGGAUCAAAGGAUGUGUCCGUCCCCAAACGAUGAUGUAAAAUAAUGAAGGCUUGCGCUCGGUAUUUCAGUCCUCAGGGGUCACACGUGUUGCACACCAACCCACCUGUUUCAUAGCAUGUGACACAUCAUUUUUACAUGUUAAUGGUCUAAUGGUUUUAGCAUGUUACAUAAUGUUCUCUUAUGUUCUCUUAUAUAUGUGCUUAUCAUGUUCUUUAUGUGUUAAUAGGUCAAAAUGGUCUUAGUGUGUAACUUUUUUCUGUGUGUCUUUCACAUGUUGUUAGGUUACAUGGUUUUAUAGAGAGACUUAGGGAGAUAAACUCUAAAUUUUAUCAUGAGGAUCAAUUAUUUGGGAUAACUGUAAACUUUUGAGUCUACAGAGCUUCUUGCCUACAGUGUUUUAUUCAGCCUAUCUCAUAUUUGUGUUUGUUAGGUUACCUCUAUGUAGCAUGUUAGUGUCUUAUAAAAUCUACAAAAAUAAGUUGCCUUUUUCUAUGGAUGGGAACUGUUACAUGUUAGACCUAAAUAGUACUGAAAAAACACAAGAUGACAUUGUAAAGUUACAGUUUAUAAUUCAAUGAAGUAAAAUGAUUAAGUUGCUUUCAACUCCAACUAACUCAUCCCUCUUCUCUACAAUUCAUUGCCCACUUUGGGUUUCUAAAUAAGUCUUUUAAACACACUUAAGGAAAAGACCCACCAAAUACCAUAACUGAGUCUCUCUUUAAACCAGAUUUUACAGUUCUUAUCAUUUAUUUUCAUCAUUGACAGCGUGUUGACAGUCAGGUCUAUGAGUCUCCCUAUGCGUCAGAAUGGAGCAACACGGUGGCCAUCUUGUUUAUUUUUAUAAAGACAGUCACUUCUCCAACCGUGCUGCCUUAGUUGCUAGAAAAACAAAACAAAACAAAAAACACCAAGGGACUUCUUUGAAGGAAAUAAUAAUAGGCUGAAAGAAAAUAUAUAGAAAGGAAGGAAGAGAGAGUGAGAAAAAGAUAUUUUUCUAUGCUUAUCCAAAAGACAUGAAUGAAAAAUAUUCCGCCUAGUGCCUGGUAACUUGUACAGUUUUUCUAAAAGGUAUGUUUAUCUGUGUUCAAAAGUUAUGUAUGUUAUGAGUCAUGUCAGGCAGAAGUUGGGCAAACAGACUUCUCUAUUAAUUCCCAUGCACCAUCUCACCAGUCAUCCGUAAUAAGACUUGAUUGCAGCCUAGCUGUCUGAUGGUCCAGAUACCCAUUCACUCUUGGCAUUUUCAGCCCAUUAGAAAGACCCAUAUGUGCUUUUAAAAAAUUUAAUUGGUUGCUCUGUAAACUGUCAAUCACUAGUUAAUCAUCUUUCAUUUUGCAUGUAUAUACACGACUUUGUAGAAAUGUUGAGGCAUAUUCUUCCAUAAUUUUGUAUGAAAGACUUAAUACCAAGAUGUUGUCUACUCUGUAUCGGUUUAUUUGGCGAUGUAAGCUGAAUUAAGGCAUGCAGUUAUGUCAUCAGUGCCCAUAUCAUGGCAAAGGUGUUUUCAAAAGGAGUUUAUCGUUGAUAUGUAUUAAUACAUUUUCUAGGGGUUAUGUCAACUAGCAGUUAGAUGAGAUUUCUUUCUUGCAGAAAUGUUAAGACAGCAAGGCAACAAACUAUAAAACUACUAUUCACCAGAGCAAUCAGUGUGUUGUGGAGUGCUGGUUGCAGGUUAACACCUCUAGUAUUUAUGUUAAACCUUAAGGUAUUACUUUACAUAGGAAGAGCUUGUAUACUCUGUAUGUUGAGUAUAGUAGGAAUUUGGAUUUUCCAAUCUUUUGAAUAAUUGAUCAUGACGUAUAUAAACCAUUCUCAGUUUCUGUUGAAAUGCUCAAAGUAUAUUGCAUUUGCAUCUAGCCAAAAAGAAACAACCCUGUAUAACCAGCACUGCACACAGUACUGAAUAUGUCACAUUAAAACACUAAGAAACCAUUCAAACUAUUGAUGCAACAUAUUUACAUUGGAGUUGGAAGUCGGGCUUGUCACAGUCAUGGCUGAAAAGACUUGUCACUGCUGCAGUCGAACUAUUUGGGAUGGCACACAAUCAAAUGUGCCACCGUAGUGUCUAACAUACAUCCCACUGUGUAGGAAUUUUUGUUUUUUAAAGAGUUUGCUUAACACCUUUACCGUGUAUGGCUAUCCAUACCCUACCUGUCACAUGAAAGCUUUUGAACUGCAUUAGUGACAUGGCUUGAAAAUACUUUUGUUCUGAAGUUUGCCCUUUAUUUGUCGAAUGUGUUCCAUCAUGCUGUAUAAGGACUGAUGAAGCCAAUUCACAAAAACAAUACUUUUGAAUUGUCCUAAUUCUAGGAAAUUUCUUGUGCUAAUGUGUUAAAGUUUUUAGAAUUUACAUUUUAGUUAUGGGCAACUCUUAAAGGGGCUGCAGCAUAAUAACAACUGUUUACAUUUGCAAAUGUAGCAAAAAAAAAAAGAGAGCAAAGGAUGAGGCAAUGCUUUGUUAAAAAGACAGAACAAACGAAAGAACUGAGGGAUACCUGCUGAGAUGGCUAGAUGGGUGCCUUUGAAGAAUAUAUGGGGAGAAGGUGGAUGAAUAGAGGGAGAAUGGGAUCAAAUGACGCUUGUAGUUGCUGAUAAAAAGAGGUUCAGUUUAUGCAUCCAUUCAUCCCCUCUCUUCUGUUUUUUUAAUCACUUGUAUCUUUCUCAUCUGUUGUCUAAUUUGACAUAUACCUCCAUCUAUCUGUAUUUGUAUCCCUCCACCUGUUACUACUGCCCUCUACCACUCAUCUCUUCUGUAUUCCUCCACUUUCUUGCAUCAGUUCUUUUGAUAGAGGUAUUCUCAGUUGGUACACACAUCGAGGGGGUUUUGAAUGGGAGAUGGGUAAUUGUGUCAUACUGUGUUGCGCCCAAAAAGCUGACGUCGACUCAGUUACCCCAGAACUGACAGUAACUGCUUAUGUUGAAUUUGUUUUGGUUACAUUUCUGUCCUACUUGAACAGGCCUUGGAUUUGUUGAAAGAAAUUGUUACCAGCUGUAAUAUUUCAAGUACUUGCUAAAAAUCAAAGUGUGGAUUUAGGUUUAUUCAUUUAUAUCCAACGGGACUCACAUUUGAUAAAAAUACAAUCUGAAUUUUAUUCUUAUAAAAAAUGUGAAAUCCUUCGGUAAAAAAUAUCUUGGGAUUUCAACGAAACAGUGGGAGAAAGGGAGAGAAAGAAAGGAUCAAAUAGUUUACUUUUUUGUUAAAUCUGGGUGUAUAUCUUCAUCUUGAUGAACCACAAGGAUUUCUCAGUGAGCUGGAGACAAAUUCUGAUGCCAAAAUCAUAUUUAUUAAUAUUUCAGUAGUUUAGCUUUUGAAAGAAAAUCUUUUCCCCUGUACUUACUGAGCUUAAAGUAAAAAGAACACAGGAUUUAUAAUAAAGAAAACUUUGCUUAUGCACACCUUUCAUAUUGUAAGUGCUCUGCAGAACCCUUUCCUAUCCAAAUAUCUUCUUUUGUGUAUUUACCAGCUUAACAUUGUCUCUCAUGACUCAUGUAAGGAUACUGUAUAUCAAAAACAUAUAUAGAUAUUAAUGUUGAUAGGAUUUUUAUGGUUCAAAAUAGGCGAUUUUGGUAAGAAAUGAGGUUCUGCAGGACACGCAUGACUUGACCUUGUUUUACUUCAAUAAUGAGUGUAUGUUUUAGGUUUGAUGGCAUUUCACAUCAGCGUUUACAUUGGGGAGCCUUAACAAGUGUUUUAAUUUUUGUCUUUGUCAGAAUGUGUUAUAGAAAAUGAUGCUGUUGCUUGCACUCCAUUUAUUAUGUUCUUAUUGCCAAGGAAGGGACAACACACACACGUACACAUACAAAGACACACACCGGCAUUGGUACGGAUUGAGUGUACAUUUUGGAAUGUACAGUGUUAACCAUGGGAGACAAGGGAGCUAAAGGCCAGUUUAUUAAUGGUCAGACACACACACACACACACAUGCAUGCACACACAAACACACACAUCAACUAUGUACAUUUAACCAAUAUAUUUUAGUAUAAUUUUGUCUCUGUUCAGUUGAAUGGCUUUUAUAGAAAAAUUUGUUUUUUUUUAGUUUUUUUUUUCUUUCUCAUGUUGUAUUUUAUUCUGCUACCUUUCUGUAUGUUAUUGUUUUUAGGUUUUAUUUCAUGCAAAAAUGAUAUUUCAACAACAUAUUUUGACAGCCAAGAAAAAGUUUGUUACACAGCUAAACUUGAAGAAUAAUGUUGAUGAUGAUGACGAUGAUAAUAAUUAAUAAAAGUAAUAACAAACAUA